UGUAUGUUAUGUUAUCAAUUGGCGAUUCGAUUGUAUUGUGCCUCUUGCAUGCUGCGUUGACAAGACAAGCACCGUAGCUAGUAAAACUAACGUUAGAAUCUACACAACCAAGAACAGGAUUACUUGUUUCAUUAUUUUCAAGAAAAUGCCGACAAUUUUACCCGGAUUUUAGUAUAUAUCAUAGUGAAUUAGUGGAUAGUACAAGCUGUGUUUAAAUCUGCUGUGCAGUGAUGGCGGAGCCAGAUGGCGGGACAUUGUCCCAACUUCAUGUUACAAUUCAAUCAGCAAAUCUAAAGGACACAAACAGUAGCUUCUUCAGUGGAAAGGGUGAUCCUUAUGUUGAGAUGGUGGUUGAUUCACAGCCCCCUCGGAAGACAGAAGUUGUAAAAAAGACAUGGAACCCAAAGUGGGAUGAACAUUUCACUGUAUUGGUCAAACCAACAGCAGAGUUACAGUUUAAGGUUCUGAAUCACUUCAAUAUCAAAAGUGAUGUCACUUUAGGAACAGCUUCAGUUAAACUUUUACCCCUUCUAGCGAAGCAUAACGGCAAUGGUAUGAACUUUGCAUUGUUUUAUUAUUUUAUUGUUUCAAAAUUUAAUUUGAGUGUAUUUGAGAUAAGAGGGGGACAAGAAAACCCAAUGUGACAAAUGUUCAAUAUAUUUGACAUGGAAUAUGUUAUUUUAUUUAGUGCUGUAACAUCAAGGUUAUUUUCAAUUCCUUUUAAAGGGAAUGGUUUUCAGAUAAACGAAAACAUCACACCUUUGCCAAAGUUGCCGCCUAUAGUGUGGGAGCAUGUGAGGACACAUAAAAGUCAUAUGGUUUGGUCUUUGGAUCGUUCUACUUGUAAUAAAAAUGGGGGUAAAGUUUAUUAUCUUUCAAUAUUUCCCUAUAUUUGCCAGUUGAUGAACAUAUUAAGUUACCCAAAUAAAGACAAAAUUAUCAAAAAUGUCGCUGGAAAUAAAAAUUUUCUUGGGAGCAGCCGUCUUGUUCCCUGACAUCUAUUCAUUCUUGAUGUCAAACUUUACUUUAAAAAAUUACACGAUUUUCUUUUUUUUUAUAAUAUAAAUAUUUUCUUUACAACUAUUUUUUGUUGUAAUUUUGGACGGAUUAAGCAAUAAAAGUGAAAUCCUAAUUUUUCUGUGAAAGAGGCCAUAUGACUCUUUCACUAUUAUUUACAGAUGUAAGAUUUCAUUUCAUUGUAUUUUGUCCUGUCAAAAAUGACCCCCCAAAAUUUAAAGGCACUAACUUACAUGUACUAAUGUUAGUAGAAAUAGGAGAGUCCAACAUUUACAACAGGAGUUUUUUUUUGAGAAACAGGUGGGUCCAUGAUUUAUGCAGAUACAUAUAUACAGUAUAUCUUUGCUUUUUUCACUUUUCCCAUUAUAGAUAUAAACACCUACAGUACAUGUAAAGCUGUUGAAAGUAGUUGCACCACAGUUCUAGAGCACGCACAUUUCCAGUGCAAAUGUAGUGUUGUAGGCUGGGGAUGUCCAAGAAUGUUAUGUCUCUCAAAAUCCACUAGUUUCGCAGCUGCUAUUUCAGUGUCUGAAGCAUUCUGAGAGGCAUCUCUAAACCUGAUAUUUUCAUGGCUUCCAUUUUUGUCUCACCUGCAUAGCAGAGUGAGACUAUAGGCGCCACUAUUCUGACAGCGGUGGCGUCAACAUCAAAUCUUAACUGAAGGUUAAGUUUUUUAAAUGACAGCAUAACUUAGAAAGUAUAUGGACCUAGUUCAUGAAACUUGGACAUAAGGUUAAUCAAGUAUUAUUGAACAUCCUGUCUGAGUUUCAGGUCACAUGACCAAGGUCAAAGGUCAUUUAGGGUCAAUGAACUUAGACCAUGUUGGGGGUAUUUGUUGAAUUACCAUCAUAACUUUGAAAGUUUAUGGAUCUGAUUCAUAUAACUUGGACAUAGGAGUAAUCAAGUAUUACUAAACAUCCUUUAUGCUAGUCUUAUGUUUCAUCAACUGCCCUUGAAUAUAGUAUUCAAAUUUAAAGUGCAACAGCGCCAUCUCCUGCUAAACUAUAGCCAUGCCCUUCCAAUUGUGUCAACCCUAUUCCUUCCCCUCUGUUUUUUCGCAACUGUAAGUAUCUUUUCAACCAAACUUGGAUGGUAGAUGGAUUGGGGGACCUGCAUGUUAUGCUGCAGUCGGAGGUCACAUAGUAAGGUCAAAGGUCAUUUUCAGGUCAACGUUAAAGUUUACAUGCAAAACUCUCUUAUGACAACUAACUCCGCAACCGUAAGUCACUUUUCAACCAAACUUGGAAGGUAGAUGGACUUGAAGAACCUGCAUAUAAGGCUGAAGUCAGAGGUCACAUGGUAAGGUCAAAGGUCAUUUUCAGGUCAACGUUAAAGUUUACAUGCAAGAUUCUCUUAUGACACCUAACUCCGCAACCGUAAGUCACUUUUCAACCAAACUUGGAUGGUAGAUGGACUUGGGGGACCUGCAUGUCACGCUGCAGUUGGAGGUCACAUGGUAAGGUCAAAGGUCAUUUUCAGGUCAACGUUAAAGUUUACAUACAAGACUCUCUUAUGACACCUAACUCUGCUACCGUAAGUCUCUUUUCAACCAAACUUGGGUGGUAGAUGGACUUGGGUUACCUGCAUGCUAUGCUGCAGUCGGAGGUCAAAUGGUAUGGUCAAAGGUAAUUUUCAAUUUAACGUUAAAGUUUACAUGCAAGACUCUCUUAUGACACCUAACCCCGCAACCGCAAGUCACUUUUCACCAAAACUUGGAUUGUCGAUGUAGUUAUGAGACCUGCAUGUCAUGCUGCAGUCGGAGGUCACAUGGUAAGGUCAAAGGUCAUUUUCAGGUCAACGUUGAAGUUUCCGUGCAAGACUCUUAUGACACAUAACUCUGCAACCGUAAAUCACUUUUCAACCAAAUUUGGAUGGUAGAUGUACUUAGGGGACCUGCAUGCUAUUGUGUUGGGAGGUCACAUGGGAUGGUCAAGGUCAACAUUAAAGUUUACGUGCAAGACUCUUAUGACAAGUGUUAUUCCAUCCCAGUCAUUUCACUAUGAAGUUUCGAUACAAUUCUGUUGCGUGCCCUCGCAAAUCACAACAUUUCUGGUUAUUUUCAUAAGUGGGCGAGACACAAAUCGCUCUUGCCUUGUGUUCUUCUCGACAAACAGACAAACAACAUAGGAGAGGAAGAGUUCCGACUCAUCUCCAAGCGACCCCAUCUUCACCGCCAUGGACAAGUCUUCCUCAGGUGAGGUUUUUCCAAAGUGGCGGUGAGUAUGAAGGCAAACGUGAGAGUCAAUUGCGACGGGCUAGAGAGAGAGGGUGAAACCGUGUUGCCUAUAAUGAAAGACGUUCUCAUGCCCUCAAGGAUGACCAAGGACCCUGGGUCAGGAGGGGAACCCUGAAUCCGUUGUGUUUUCCCCAUGUCUGCCCGACCCAGUGGUCAUCGGGUCACAGGGCCAGGGCGUGGUCUCUCUCCCCGGCAUUUAAAUCGGCUAGGCUCGAUACCCCGUAAGACCCGUUUUCACAGGCUCGGGCAAAGGGCAGUCAGACCCUAGCCGCAAUAGACGAGUGGACUCGACUCUGUCAGCUCCUUGAGCUGGUUUGACCCCGUCGAACCCCAGUGUGGUGAGAUGGACAUUACCUGGUCAAGCGAGGUGCCUCGCCCGACCCUGUCUCUUGUACCUUCUGUUUUAAGAAGAAUUAGAGUAAGAACAUAAGCCCCGACAGCCAGGGCAGUCUUACCUUUGCUUGUGGUGAGAUGGCUAAGGUUUCCCGCAUUGGGGCCUAUUUUACUGAGCUGUAAUAUGUGCCACCUCGAAGUUUAAAGGACCUAAGAAAUUGACUCUACUGUUCGCGACAAGUGGUCCUGGGAGUGGACACAGAGAACUGUUGAUGAUACUUUGACUGCAGAAUACAUAAGAAAACUCGCCUUACCUGGCAAGGCUUACUUUUCUUGGUGUGAUUCUGAAAUAACUUAUCAGAAAGGAGGUUGCAGUGUUAUAUGACAAAACAUGCUCAAAAAGAAGCACAAGGAAAACAAGAAACUUAGACAGACUAAUUACAGUUUUAACUGGUAAGUUACAUGUAAGUAUUACCAUUUUGAAUUAAUAAACAUUCAGGACAUAAGUGGAAGUUUUUAGGAUGUAUAUCACAUUAACCAAAAUAGGUAAAUUAUCACAAAUUGACUAGACCCUAGAUACAACAUAUUCUGUUGGAACUUAUUGCAUCAAUUGGCUCAUAGAGAUAGAGGUCUAAAGUCACUAAAGUGUUAUUUCUAAUGUUGGAAAUUUCUUAUCAAUAGUGCGCAGUUACUUAUGAAGCCAUGUUGAGGACAUGGAUAUAAAAAAAUUGCUGGCGCUAUCUCAUAUGUACAUGAUAUUAAGUCGUACGUACGAUAUAAUUUUUUCAAAUCCAUGUCCCUAAUGGGGCUUCGUAGAACUUACUACUAUUAUAGACCUCCUAGCACUGCCAUAAAAUAUGAACUUAAUUAGUCUGAUAUAUCGUUUAUCAUUCUUAAACUUAUUCAUAUAGUAUAUUGAUGUAUUUAUACCCAUUGUUGCCAAAAUAACUUCAUGAAAAUAAAGGAAAUAAAUGUUCCAUUUUGCUUCAUUUCUUUUAUUGGAAACAAUCAUAUAUUUUAAAACUGAAAAACAAAACUCUGGGGGAAUAUUCAGGGGAAAAAUAGAUGAGCAUUGCACACAUGCAUUGCAUUAUCAUUUCAAUUAUAAUAAUAAUAAUAUUUGUAGGGCGCUUUAUACUGGUGUUUCAAAGCGCACAGGUUGGCAGAUUAUAAUAAUAUACAAUCAAUCUAUU